CUCAACGGCCUCAGCUGCUCAGCUGGAGGACCAGCUUCCCUUGAGCCCCCGCUGCCUCUGGAGUGGGGUGGAGGUUGAACUGAGAGGCUGGGGGAGGGGCGCCCUGACCAAGCCCCCACACAGGCCCAGCUCCUCUCUCAGUAACUGCUAUUGUCUUCUCCCCUGCCCACUCAUGACACUGCCCAAGGCUGCCCGCAAUGCUUCGUUCUAUGGCCAGCGCCCUGAGAAGAAGGAGUCACUACCCUCCACACGGGAAGUGAAACAGACCCCGGUGAUCAUGGCAAAUCUCAAAGGUCCAGGGCCUGCCAAGUACCUCCGGCCAUCCUGCACUGGCUACGUAGACCACGACAUCUCCAUGUUCCAGGAGCCAGCCUACACCCUGCACACCCGGCACUCGGAGAAACGGAUCGUGGACAUGUACAGCCCUGGGCCUUGCUAUUUCUUGGAUCCCCAAAUCACUCGAUUCGGAGUGUCCAGCUGCCCGCAGGUCCCCAUGCAGGAGCGUAUCUCCAACUUGCGCCUGUUCGCCACCCCAGCCUCCUGCCACUACCACUUGGAGAAGACCCACCCGCCUGAUGAACGCAGGGCUCCCCAGUAUACUUUUGGCUACCGCUGCCCAUACAGAGUGAUGGACCCCAACCCAGCCCCCAACCAGUAUCAGUUGCCGCUCUUGCUGGGGCCCAACAUUCCCACCAAGCGAGCUGCCCCUUGCUACAGUCUGGCCUCCCCAGACAAGAACUGGUUCUACAAGGAGAACGUGGCAGGAGGCCCUGGGCCCGCCAAGCACACCCGGCCCGAGCCGGCUGUCUACCAGAACCGCAGCCCCAGCUACAGCAUGGCCAAGCGCUUUGCCUACCCGGUGGACCACACGCCUCGGCCUGGCCCCGGCUCCCACGAGGUCCAGCAGGUCACGGUGCACAAGCCCCGAGUACCCGCCUUCUCCAUGGGCGUCAAGCACUCACCCCAUCUGACCCCUCUUGUCGUCCACAUUCACGACUGAGCCCCUCCUGUCGCACUGCCCCUUCCCACAGGAGUUGUUCUUCCAUAGCAUGUUGAGAAAUUGAGGUUUCUCAUAGCAGAGCUGGUGCCUGCUGUGUCCAGCAUACAGAAGAUC